AUGGCUAAAAGAGUUGCCGAUGCGCAAAUACAACGGGAAACGUAUGAUUCUAAUGAAUCAGACGAUGACAUGAACCAAUCAACUAAAGUUGCAUCGUCAGAUGUCAUGAAUAGAAGAAAAAUUGCCAUGCCUAAACGCAGGAUGGCAUUUAAACCGCUUGCUACCCCAGCAUCUGAUGAAUCAAAAAUUGCGAGCUCCUUCAAUCCUUUGAAACAGGCAAAUAACAGUGAAGCAAAAGCUGAUAAUGAUCACACUACUCAAAAUAAUUCGAAACUAAAAGCACUAAAUUUGCAAUUUAAAACCAAGAUAGACGAGCUAGUUUCAAGCGAGCCUUUGGCAGAUUUGAGACCUCUCUUAACCAAAUAUGAAGAGUAUAUAAAGAGCAUUCUAAAAGCGUCCGAAGAAUCCACAGAAAGCUCAAAACCGUCUAUUCAAGAGAAUGGCGGUAAGCUUGAAAAAGUGGAAGAUGACCAAGAGAGUUCUGAUUCUUCAUCGGACGAAGAAGUUAAAGUGGAAGGGCCUAAAUUUACAAUCAACUCCAAACCCAUUACUUCAGAUUCGGUUUUCUCAUUUGGCACCAAGAAGGAAAAGCCCAAAAAGGAGGAAAGUGAUAGCGAAAGUGAUAUAGAAAUUAAGGGCCCCGAAUUCACCUUUUCUGGAGCUGUUUCAAGCGAAAUAUUUAAGCUAAAUCCAAGCAUAGAAAAGAGUGAUAAGAGUGAUGAGAAGAGCGAAGCUGCUCCCAAACCAUUUUCAUUUACUUCAACCACGCCAAGCUCAACCACCGAAGAAAACGAGGUUAAAAACCCUUUUUCAUUUACAGCUUCUACCAAGAAAAAUGAGAGCGAUAAUGUAAACAUCAAACCUUCGUUUACUUUUGGAGCACAAGAUGUUGUAGAUACCCAAACUAAAAAGCCAUCUUUUAUGUUUGGUCAAACGGCGGCCAAACCAUCUCAACAAAAUAGUUCCUUUACAUUUGGUGUUGCGAAAAAUGAAAGCACGAAUGAAGACUUUAACUCAAAGCCCGUAAACUCUGACGAUGGCAAUGAGACUAAAUCAUCUUUUACAUUUUCAAUGCCCAAUAAAAAUACAUCAGAUGCAACUAAGCCAUCCUUUUCUUUCGGAGCUUCAACCUCCUCUAAUGCGGCCUCAAAACCGGGGCUUUCGUUUGGUUCAGUAACAAUACCAACAAAAGAAGCCAAUACGAACGAUAGUAACAAUAAAGUCGAAAAGCCCAUCUCAAAGCCUGCCUUUGGCUUUCUAUCUAAUACUGAUAGUGAGAAAAACGCCGAAAAGGAAGAAGGGUCCAAACCUGUUUUUUCAUUUGGGAAAACAAGUGAAAAUGACAACGAAGGCUCUGUCAAACCUGUGAUCUCUUCUGGAUUCGGAAGCGAAAAUAAUAACAAGGAGGCAGCAAAGCCGGCGUUUUCAUUUGGAAAAAGUACUGCAACCGAUUUAGACGCCGGUAGUAAGCCCCCUGCGUUUACAUUUGGCUCUAUAGCUGGUGACAAUAAGGAGGUCACCAAAACCGAUGCCAAGCAACCUUUCUCAUUCGGUACUGCUUCAUCAAAUGGCGCUCCUUCAUUUUCAUUUGGAAACACAACAAAUUCGCCUCCUAACCCUUCGGCGGCUCCUGCUCCUGCUAUACCAUCGACCGGCUUUAAAUUUUCAUUGCCAUUUGAGCAAAAGGGAGGCCAGACCUUCUCAGAUAAUAAAAAUGAGGAAUCAACAACAAAAAUGACACCAGCUGAUCCAAAAGGUCCCAGUAAUGUCGACACAGCCUCAGAAGAAUCGAAACCACUGGAUUUGCAGAAUGGUGAAGAGGAUGAGAUAGCUUUAUUUUCACAACGAGCAAAAUUGAUGACGUUCAAUUCCGAAACUAAAUCCUACGAUUCUAAGGGUGUAGGUGAAAUAAAGCUUCUACAGAGGAAGGAUGACCCCUCAAAAGUUCGUCUACUUUGUAGAUCUGAUGGUAUGGGUAACAUAUUACUCAAUGCAACCGUUGUCGAGUCAUUCAAGUAUGAGCCUUUAGCUCCAGAAAAUGAAAAUCUUAUCAAAACACCAACUGUAGCAGCUGAUGGAAAACUAACAACUUACAUUGUCAAGUUUAAGCAAAAGGCAGAAGGCCGCUCAUUCACAAAAUCUAUCGAAGAUGUCAAGAGAGAAAUGAAAAACGUAUAA